AUGAUGGCGCCAGUGGACAUGGAUUUCUCUCCACCAUCUUUUUUGUCCUUCAAGCAAUUAUCUAUACAAACCUCGUCCAAAGCAUGGGCUCUGACGGAACAGCAACUGCUAGUCACGGAUGUUUGGAAGGAAGUCACACGACAAUACCUGGAUACCACCUACAAUGGCAUGGGGGAAGAAAAGUGGAAACAAAAACGUCUAGAUGCCGUCAAAAAAGUGACCAACCUUGGUCCUGACGAGGAAGAAAAGCUGUACGAAGCAAUUCGCACCAUGCUGGGCUAUCUGGGUGAUCCCUACACUCGAUUCUUGACACCUGCUCAGUAUGAAGCUCUCACCGACUAUGCCCGAGGAGGUUCGGCAGGUGUUGGGGUACAACUACAAGUAGAUCCUCGAUCGGGGCAGGUGAUCGUUUUGAACACGGUCCCCAAUGGCCCGGCAGAGAAGAGCGGUAUUCUACCGGGAGAUACCAUUGUGGAAGUCGAUGGAAUGGACAUGGCAGCAGCACCCGCUGAAGUCGUAGCGGCCAAAUGUCGUGGCUCACCGGGGACCAACGUCAAUGUGGCUGUUCGUCACGCCGACUCUCCUGGUCGCAUUGUACAAAUGACUCUGGAGAGGGCGGCAAUCCAAGUCAACCCGGUCAAGAGCGGUGUGACAACGGUCAAUGGGAAAGCGCUGGGUAUUAUCAAACUUUCCAGUUUCAGUCAAGAAACCACCAAACAGGUUGUGGAUGAUAUGCGACAACUCCAAAAAGAUGCCAACAUCAAAGCUAUUGUGUUAGAUGUCAGAGGCAACGCUGGUGGCUACAUGCCUGCGGGAGUUGACGUUGCUAAACUGUUUCUGCCACCGAAAGCUCGGAUCAUUACCCAAGUCGACAAGUCAGAUCGCCAAACCAUUGAAAUUGCCGAUGGCAUCGGCAGUGAAACCAAACUACCCGUGUACGUCAUUGUGGAUCAACGAACCGCCAGUGCAUCGGAAAUCAUGACGGCCGGUCUGCAAGACAAUGGUCGGGCCACAGUGGUGGGUGCAUCCAAAACAUUUGGAAAGGGACGAAUUCAAAAUGUGCAAGAGGUUGGAGACGGAAGUGGCAUUGCUGUCACCAAGGCCAAGUACAUUACACCCAACGGCAAUGAUAUUCAUGGCGUGGGUAUUACACCAGACGUCCAAUCGGAUAGUUGCAGUCCGGAAAACACUGUUUCCGACUGCCUAUCCAAAGUAAUAUUGUAA